UUUGCCGAGCAAAGUGGGUGUUCAUUUCCAACAAAUAAACAUUUCCAUCCUAAUUAACUGUUUUUCAUUGUAACUAUACGGUAAUGUACUCAUGAAUGUUAAUAAUGGAGGGGCUGCCAACAGGUGAUAUUCAGGCAAAGUAUCAGAAACUAGCAUCCGAGUAUUCCAAGCUGAGGGUGCACGUGAAGGUAUUAAAGAAGGGAGUACUUGAUGAACAAGCCAAGUCCAAUGAGAUUAAGGACACUUUGAAGGAAAAAGAGAAGUCUUUGAGAAGAUGUGAGCUUGAAAUAGAUUCAUUGACGUUCAGAAACCAGCAACUCACGCGACGUGUGUCUGUCCUCCAGGACGAACUCGACGCCUUGCAGUUGAAACUAACAAAGAAAUCAAAAACUAAAGGAGAUGAAAAACAAGCAUCAGCACCAAGUAAUUCUGGACCAUUUGAUGCUGGCCUACUUCAAGAAGAACUCCAGAAAAAGAUAAUUGAGAAUGCCCAAUAUGCAUCGCAGCUAUCUGACAAAACAUUUGAAGUGUCCCAACUGAAGGCCUCUCUAGAAGAUUACCAGAAGCGCAUAAAUGAAAGUGAUAGCAAAUAUAAAUGUGAAAUUGCUAAGCUGAAAAAUAAGAAUCAGGAAUUACAGUUCACCCUCGAGGAGGCACAAAAGGACAGACUCGGGGGGACGCCUUGUAAAGUUAAUUUGCCUGGAAACAGUCAGACAACUAGUUGUAAUGGUGAUUUCCUGUCAGAAGGGGGAAGCCUGAUUGGAAGUGAGGAUGCACUGAGUUCUGUAGACGACCUGAACAUUAAUGAACAGCUUAGUAUAAAAACACACACAUUAGAACAGGAAAACCAAAAACUUAGAAUGGAGUAUGAACUUCUCCAAAUGGAGAAUGAAAGCCUGAAACUUGAAGUAGCAAAGCACGAAUCAGCGUCACAGAAACGGAGAGGGGAUGGACAUGACUCUGGGGACUUUAAUAGUUUCAAUAUGACCUCCGUGGAUUCUGAGGGUAGAGUUACAGGUUUAUUAGGAAGUUUAGAAUCACCGUUCCUGUUAAAUCAAGAGGUGCAGUUGAGGGAAGACAGAAUGAAGAUAUACUUUAGGAAUAAGCUUAGUGAACUUAGUGCAGAGAAGGAUGAGCUGAAAAGCAAGACUGAACAUUAUGUAAAAGAGUGUGAAUUAUUGCGGCUAAGGUUUGAGGAGAUGGAACGUGAUAAACAAACAGAUGAACAUACAUUACAGGAAAAACACAAUACAAUCAGUAGACUGGAAGAAGAACUGCAUUCCACAUCUCACAACUAUGAGGAACAGAUGUCAGUUUUGACGGAACACGUGGCUGGUCUCAACGAACAGCUCACGCGGCAACACGACGAGAUCCAACUGCUCAAACAUCAGCUCAGCACCAGGAAGAAGUAGCCCAGACUGAACCUGUACAGGUUUAAUGGAAUUGUAACUAGUAACUUCACGUUACCUCAGUGGAGACUCGGUUAACCGGAUUGAUAAAUUGUCAGACAUUCAGCUAAUAUUUUUUAACGUGGUAGGCGCGUAUAGUCGGUAUAGUACGCUAAUAAAGGUGGGUUCCCAUUAUAACCAUCUUCAUAAGAUCAAAUUAGCUUGUUUAUUCUUUUGUAGAAAUAUGACAUAUUAAAGGUAUGUAAAAGAUUUAUCGUAAAAGGCAUACCAUCAAGGCAGUGAUAGUAUUCAUGAAAUAUUCAUGUAAAUAUGUUUGCAGGGUGUACAUACAUUUAGGAUGAUCCUACGGUACACGAUAAUCAUUGUUGAAUUGUUUUUUUUGUGUCAUGACACGUGGGCAUAGACAAAAUUUUGUACUAUUUGCUUUUUAUUUAGAGCUGGCAUUCACUAUGAUUAUAUAACUAUU